GCAGCAGCCCCGGCCGAGCAGCGGAUUGCUGGAAGCGGCUCUGGGUGGAGGUCCCUGGACGGGUCUGACGUAGCAGGCCGAGGAGAGGCGACGGGGCUGGGUCCGCAGAAGAGCCAUGGGGAACACCGUGGCUCGGGAGGAUUUCGAGUGGGUUUAUACGGACCAGCCGCACGCGGACCGGCGCAAGGAGAUCCUAAGUCAACAUCCAGAAAUAAAAACUUUGAUGAAACCGGACUACAACUUGAUCUGGAUAGUUAUGCUGAUGGUUCUUGCACAGCUACUUGCUGUUUAUCUAGUUAAAGAUUUGGAGUGGAAAUGGGUUAUAUUUUGGUCAUAUGUGUUUGGCAGUUGUCUUGAUCAUUCCAUGACUCUGGCUAUUCAUGAGAUUGCCCACAACAGUGCCUUUGGCAAUUGUAAACCUCUGUGGAAUCGAUGGUUUGGAAUGUUUGCCAAUCUCGCACUUGGCAUCCCAUACUCUGUAUCCUUCAAGAGAUAUCACAUGGAUCACCAUCGUUACCUUGGUGGUGAAGGAGUUGAUGCGGACAUUCCUCUUCCCAUUGAAGGAUGGUUUUUCUGUACCCGUUUUCGAAAAUUCUUUUGGAUUAUUCUCCAGCCCCUAUUCUAUGCUAUCCGGCCUCUUUUUAUUAAUCCCAAACCAAUCUCUCGACUUGAAAUCAUGAAUUUGUCCAUUCAAUUUCUCUUUGAUGUUAUGGUAUACUAUGUCUUUGGAGUAAAAGCACUUGUCUACCUGAUAGCAGGAGCUUUGCUUGGGCUAGGCUUACACCCUAUUUCAGGACACUUCAUAGCUGAACAUUACAUGUUUUUAAAGGGACAUGAAACAUAUUCCUACUAUGGUCCGCUUAAUAAGCUUACAUUCAACGUUGGCUACCAUAAUGAACACCAUGACUUCCCUAACGUUCCUGGAAAAAACCUUCCACUGCUGAAGAAAAUGGCCCCUGAAUACUAUGAUCAUCUGCCACAGUAUAACUCCUGGGUAAAGGUGCUUUAUGAUUUUGUGAUGGAUGAUACUAUCAGCCCUUAUUCGCGCAUGAAAAGGCAUUUAAAAGGUGAAGUGAAAUUGGAGUGAAAAAAAAUCCUCUGCCACCUCCAAGGACAUAGACUCAUGGAAGCUGGUACAAAGGUUUCGUUUGAUCAGGAUGUAUUUGCUUUGUAUCUUGACCUAGUCUGGACUAUGAAUAUAUAUGGGUUACAAUCUAGAACAAGAUCUCUGAAUUAAAAUAUUGCUGGAAAUAGAACAUUCCAAGCUAUUUGCUUUAUUUUGUAUAAUUAAAGUUUAAAAUAUAACUUGCUGUAUGCACAAUGCUAGUAUUAAUGUUACGUAAUGUGUUUCAGUUGCUACUCACUCGAACAUUGGAUUGUUCUUCAGGCCAUUAAUGUACCAGUGGUGUAUGCGCUUCUUGGUUAUUUUGUACUUCCUGCCACAACUUUGGCUCCUCAAUGUUUUGCUGACAAAACAUUAAUUUCCAAAUUAAAUUGCAGAAUUGUUUUAGUUAGCGUAGAUGCUUAAAAAAAAUGGCUGGCUGCAACUCCUCCUAAAUUGAGGUAUGUCUUGGCCAAUCCAAGUGCUAACCUAACUGAUGGGUUUACAAUUGCUGCUAUAAAGUAUAUACCCAUUAAAUCAUGCUAGUGUUUAUGUAACUUCAAAAUAGACAGAGAUAUGAAUACCAACUUUUGACUGCCUAUGCCCUACAUUCAUUAAGCUAAAUUAUCAUUUCCUGCAGCAGGCCCAUUUUCCCGAGUAUAGCUCUGCAUUCCCUCUUUUCUGCAUCUGUACAUAAGAGCUAUGCCCUGCCUUCAAACUGAUGCUUCUUUGCAAACAGACUAGAUCUCCUGAAGUUUAGAAACAGAAUAGUAGAGCCUACGUGUGUCCUGGUAAUCUUCUUGUGCUCUCUUAGCUGGGGGAAGAACUGGAGUGUUGAUUGUUGACAGCAGGUAGCAAGUUUAUAAAAGGUAUAAAACAUUGACUGUGAGAAUGCAAGUACCGAUACUUCCUACAAAGGAGUAUAUGAAAGCUGUUGUUUUUGUUUUGUUUUUUAAACUCUUGGGCACUUGAAUAAAGAUGAUAUUAGUGAAUUUA